UUUCCUCAACCACCAUCAUGAAGCAUCCUGUCCUCCUGUCUCUCGCAGCAGCCUCUGUCGCCGCCAGCAAUGUUCAGGUUCAACAUCGUCAGGCAGCGAGCCAGAGCAGCCCUGCGUCUCGAUCGUCCGCUGCAGUUUCCCUCACUUUCACUCUAGCCUCAACAAAUCCUACGGCAGUCCCAUUAUCUUCUAUCACCGCUACGAUGGCUACAGUUCCAACCAUUCCCUUACCUUCCACCCCACAAGCUGGUGCUUCACCCACUGCGGUAUCCGGUGCACCUGGUCUGCCCGAUACCAGCACUAUCAACCCUGCAAAUUAUCCACCUCUAGACAAGACGCCGCCUGUCAAUUCGCCUGAAGUUCAGGCAUGGAAAAAAGAAGUCGCCGAUUCUGGCAUUCCAAUACCCGAUAUUCCUCCUACGCUGCCAGGUGGCUGCCCGGCUAACCUUGCAGCUGCGCAGGAUACCAGUCGGUGUUGGUGGACCUGCGGUGGAUGCGUCCGCUCAACAGAUAUUUCGGACUGCCCGGACAAGAAAACCUGGGGCUUGACAUUCGACGAUGGCCCGGGUUUCUAUACCCCAAAUUUGUUGGAAUACCUCGAUAGUGCCCAGCUUCGAGCAACCUUUUUCACUGUCGGUUCACGAUGCAUUUCCAAUCCCAAAGGAUUGCAGUUAGAAUACCUUAAUGGACAUCAGGUUGCUGGUCAUACCUGGAGCCACCCCGCCCUGACGACCCUGACGAACGACGAAAUCAUUGCUGAACUUGGAUGGACAAGAAAGGUUAUGAAGGAUGUCUUGGGUGUAACACCUAACGUGAUGCGGCCUCCAUACGGUGAUGCUGACGACCGUGUCCGUGCUAUUGCGAGGGCUUUGGGCAUGUACCUCGUCAUGUGGACGAGGCUCUCACCUUCUGCAACUUUCGACACCGAUGACUUCAACGUGCAUAGCGGGAUGACAACUUCCGCUCAAGUCCUCAACAACUGGAACUCAAUUCUUGGGAAUGCCUCGACCAUGGACCACGGCUUUAUCGUUCUUCAACAUGAUUUGUUUCAGGAGACGGUCGAUAUCGCGACGGGUUAUAUCCUCCCUGAUGCAAUGAAGCAGGGAUUGCAGAUCAAGCCUGUCGUGUCAUGCUUGAACAAGCCGAUGAGUGAUGCGUAUACGGAGACAAAUGAUAACAAGACGAAUCCUCCCCCCGUGUCUGCUACUACUGUGGCCACGCUUACUGCUGGUGCUCCCGGGUCUGCACAAGCAACGGGUGCGACUUCAAAGAACGGUGCAAUACCUAAUGUCGCCUUUGUCCCGUCAACAGUCCUGGUUGGAUCGGCGAUGGCCAUGCUAUUCGCAGUUUCGUCGCUUUAGAGGCUCAUAAAUCGGUCUUGGAUGUUCUUAUUUAAGCUGUAUCGCUUUCUUUUCCUUGUUUUGCCCUUUCUUGUUGUGACUUUUUCUUACCACCCCUUUUUUUUGUUCUUUUCCUCGGACACUUUUGCUGCCCCACCCUGUCCUGUUGUUUGUUGCAGGCCAGCAUUUACGCGAGUACUCACCUAAAUUACUGAGCCCUUUCCGUGAUCCUCAUUACCCUGACCGCUGCUGGAGCAUUUCCUAUACAUAACCUACUCGUCAUUUCGACUACGUGCACAGAUCAUGCAUUAAUGAAGGAUGGACGUCUUGAAUGUAACGUUAUCAAUAUGACCUGGAAUGAAUCAAUACCUCGAACCCGG